GGUCGUCUGAGGUUCAGGUUGUUGGACCGGCUGACCGAGUCGUUGCCUUAGCUGGUGAUGACAUCAUUCUACCAUGUUCCCUGGAACCCAGUGCCAGUGCUGAGAACAUGGCAGUGCAGUGGACAAGAUUGAACACGAAAGCAGAAAAGGUCCACCUUUACCUUGACGGUCGAGACUCCAAUGGGGAUCAGUUUCCAUCCUACAGGGGAAGGACAUCAAUGUUUCAUGAAGAACUGAAUAACGGCAACGUCUCCUUAAAGCUGACCAGAGUUACGCUCUCUGAUACUGGAGGCUACAGGUGCUUCAUUCCAACACUGACCAGCCAGGUGAAGGAAACCACCGUUCAACUCUUUGUUGGUGCUGUAUCUCAGCCAGUGAUCUCUAUUGUUGGAACUAAAGACUGGGGGGUGGUCCUGAAGUGUGAGUCUGGAGGCUGGUUUCCUGAACCUGAGAUGGAAUGGCUGGACAGUUCUGGAACCAUCCUCCCUGCUGAUGGACCUCCAGAGAAAUACAGGGACUCAGAGGACCUCUACGCUGUGAGACGACAUGUCACCGUGGACCAGACUGACACCAACAGGUUCACCUGUAGAGUUCACCAGACGGAGAUCAACCACCUGAAGGAGACAGAGAUUCAUGUCUCAGAUGACGUGUUUCCUAAAUCACAAGUAGGGUUGAUUAUUGGUCUACUAAUAGCAGCAGCUGUUGUAGUUCUCACAGCUUCAGUUGGUGUCUACAAGUGGAGAAAACAUACAGAGAAGCUUAGAAGAGAAUUUGAAGAAGAAGAGAAGAAGCUUAGAGAACAAAUGGAAGAACAAGUGAAGGACUUCAAAUUGAGGGUUAAGCGUGAUGCCAUGUUUGUGAGCAAGCACAAGGAUUACCUCGUUCAGAAUGUUACCAUAGGGAUUUCCAUAGCAUCUUUCUUGUACCACAAGCGCUUGAUCCGUUCUGAGAUGUACUCUGAGAUCCAUGCUGCCAGCACCAAACUGGACCAGAUGAAACUGUUGUACGAGGCUCUAGAAGAAGCAGAAGACACAUCAAUGGUGAAAUCAGACUUUUACAGGAAUCUACUGAAUCAGGACCCUUACGUUGUCUUCGACCUGGGUGUCAAAUUUGUGGACGUCCAUAAGGUUCAACUCAUUCAGAAUGUUACCAAGAUGAAGCCCAUCCUUCAUGAGCUGUUCUAUGAGAAGUUGUACCGUGACAUCAGUAUCAAAGAGAUGACCAGACAGGACCAGAUGAAACAGAUGAGACUGUUGUACAAGGCCCUAGAAGAAGCAGAAGACACAAGAAGUGCGAAAUUAGACUUUUACAGGAUUCUACUGGAUCUGGAACCUGACCUUGUCAAAAACCUGGGUGGAUAUGGCAGAUAUAUCAUAUAUGAGGAGGUCAGAAGAGAGAGGGCAACGACUCACUGA